AUGGAAGCGAACAAGGCUAUCGCGAACAGGUUUCUAGCCUCCAUAGCUCAUGAACAGUCUCAAGAUACCGAGAUCACCGCGCGACUGUUGCGCUCUCUUCCAUUGCAGAAACUGGUGGCUAGAGGAUUAGCGAUUAAUAACCUGACGCUUGAAAACGUCAGAACAGGAUUGGCAGGAAAAGUAAUACUUGAAUUUGGACCUGAUGCAUCCAUUGAGAAAGAGGUUAUCAAAGGCGAUAUCAAGGUAGGCGACGUCGUGCUUGUACUGCCUUCUUCCAGUAAGAAAAGUUCGGUAACAAGUUCAUGCGAUGGAGUAGUGACAAAGUGCACCGAAAAAUUAAUUACAGUGGCAGUUGACGAGUCUAAAGAGCAGGAAGUGAUCCAAUUAUACUCGUAUUCACGACUUCACCUUUUAAAAACUACAAAUGCUAUAACUUACCAACGGAUGGAGUCGACAAUGCGCAAACUUGCGGAAUUCGAGAAAACCCCGAGCAACAAUGUCAUGCAAUACCUGCUAGGUUCGAGAGAGUUUUUGGCACAGCCGCUCGCGAACUGCUCGUUUCACAAUGCAGGACUGAACGAUUCUCAAAAGAAUGCUAUAUCCUUUGCAUUGAGCAAUGACAUUUGUAUCAUCCAUGGCCCCCCGGGGACUGGAAAAACUCAUACACUAGUUGAACUCGUUCAACAACUGGUUGAAAAGGGUGAGCGUGUACUCGUUUGUGCUCCAUCUAAUGUUGCAGUCGAUACAAUAUUAGAAAGGCUAGCCAAAGUUCUACCGGGGAACCUAUUGUUACGUCUGGGCCAUCCCGCCCGUCUUCUAGAGAUCAAUCUAUCGCAUUCACUAGAAAUUCUGUCAAGGAGUGGAGACUCAGGUGCUAUUGUAAAGGAUAUCAGGAAAGAAAUCGACGAGACGAUUGCUGGGAUCAAAACACUCAAAUCUUUCAAAGACAGGAAAGAGAGCUGGAAAGAAGUUAGACGACUACGGAAAGAGCUUCGACAGCGAGAGCGGAAGGUCAUUGCAGACCUUAUCAUAAGCUCGCGCGUUGUGGUUUCAACUCUUCACGGUUCGAGUGGCAGAGAGCUAAUUGCCUGCUACGGGUAUACAGACCAUUUGUUUGACGCCGUGAUAAUUGACGAGAUCUCACAAAGUCUCGAGCCACAGUGUUGGAUUCCUCUUAUUUCGCACUGCCAGUCGAACAUAACAAAAUUGGUUCUAGCUGGUGAUGACAAACAAUUACCGCCGACAAUCAAAACCGAAGACGACCCUGCGACACGGCAGGUUUUGAGCACUACACUUUUUGACAGAUUGGUGGAUCAUUAUGGAAGCAAGUUUAAGUGCUUUCUCAACAUACAAUAUCGAAUGAAUAGUAAUAUUAUGGAAUUUUCUUCGAAGGAGAUGUAUGGAGGUCAUCUUAGGGCCGCGGACAGCGUUGCUAAUUGGAUGCUCAUUGACCUACCGGGAGUUGAUGCUGAUGACAACACAACUGUUCCUUUAAUUUGGUAUGAUACUCAGGGAGAUGAUUAUUACGAAAGAAAAGAGGAAGAGGACGAGGGCUCAUCUUCCAAAUUCAAUGAAAACGAAGCGCAGCUCGGGCUGUUUCACGUUAACCAAUUGAUAGGAAGUAAUGUAAAACAGACCGAUAUCGGGAUUAUUUCACCUUACAACGCGCAGGUUUCUCUUCUAAAAAAGAUGAUUCAUUCUAAGUAUCCGCUAAUUGAAGUGUCAUCUAUCGACGGGUUUCAAGGCCGAGAGAAGGAAGUGAUUAUACUUUCCUUGGUGAGAAGUAAUGACAAAUUCGAAGUGGGAUUUCUUUCAGAUGAGCGUCGUCUUAAUGUCGCAAUGACCCGUCCUAAAAAGCAGCUAUGUGUAAUCGGUAAUAUGGAAACGCUGGAAAGGAGCAGAAUCAAAUAUCUAAAGGACUGGGUGAACUGGUCUGAGGAAAAUAGUGAAAUCAGAUAUCCUGAUCUCAGCGAGAUUCUAGAAUGA